AUGGCGUUAUCACGACUUUCUCUCCGAUCCAACAGCUUCCUGAAACCGUUGGCCGCCACCGCCUUACCUACCUCCAUUCGCCGCCACGUCUCCACAGACACAACCCCGAUCACGAUCGAGACCGCCGUCCCUUUCACGUCGCAUCUAUGCGAGGCGCCGUCACGCUCCGUCGAGACCUCCUCGGAGGAGAUCCUCGCCUUCUUCCGCGACAUGGCCCGGAUGCGGAGGAUGGAGAUCGCAGCCGAUUCUCUCUACAAGGCGAAGCUGAUCCGCGGAUUCUGCCACCUGUACGACGGCCAGGAGGCUCUAGCCGUCGGGAUGGAGGCGGCGAUUACCAGGAAAGACGCGAUUAUCACGUCGUAUCGAGAUCACUGCACUUUCCUGGGUCGCGGCGGAGAGCUCGUCGAUGCGUUCUCAGAGCUGAUGGGGAGGAAGAGGGGAUGCUCGAAUGGUAAAGGAGGAUCUAUGCAUUUCUACAAGAAGGAUGCUUCGUUUUACGGCGGGCAUGGGAUCGUCGGUGCUCAGAUUCCGUUGGGAUGUGGUUUGGCUUUCGCUCAGAAGUAUUCCAAGGAAGAGAAUGUGACUUUUACCUUGUAUGGUGAUGGUGCUGCGAAUCAGGGACAGUUGUUUGAGGCUUUGAAUAUUGCAGCUCUUUGGGAUUUGCCUGCGAUUCUCGUUUGCGAGAAUAACCAUUAUGGAAUGGGAACGGCGACAUGGAGGUCGGCUAAAUCUCCAGCCUAUUUCAAGCGUGGAGACUAUGUUCCUGGUUUGAAGGUGGAUGGUAUGGACGCAUUGGCUGUGAAACAGGCGUGUAAAUUCGCUAAAGAGCAUGCACUCAAGAAUGGACCUAUUAUCCUUGAGAUGGACACAUACAGAUACCACGGCCACUCUAUGUCUGACCCAGGAAGCACCUACCGUACACGUGACGAAAUCUCCGGCGUGAGACAGGUGCGUGAUCCAAUUGAAAGGGUGCGGAAGUUGCUCCUAUCUCAUGACAUAGCUACAGAAAAAGAGCUUAAGGACAUGGAGAAAGAAGUGAGGAAAGAAGUAGAUGACGCCGUAGCUCAGGCCAAGGAGAGCCCUGUACCAGAACCAUCUGAGCUAUUCACAAACAUGUACGUGAAAGACUGCGGAGUUGAGUCGUUUGGAGCAGACAGAAAAGAACUCAAAGUAACACUUCCAUAA